AUGCCUUGUUGAUUCUUUCAGGUGCUGAAGAAUGCGGGGAGAGAACAUCACCAAGGUCAGCACGUUCAUCCUGCUGGGCUUCCCCACAGCCCCCAGGCUGCAGUACCUGCUCUUCCUUCUCUUCCUGCUCAUCUACCUCUUUGUGCUGGUGGAGAACCUGGCCAUCAUCCUCACUGUCUGGAGCAGCACCUCCCUCCACAAACCCAUGUACUACUUCUUGGGCAUCAUGUCCACCUUGGAGAUCUGGUAUGUUUGUGACAUCAUCCCCAAGAUGCUGGACGGCUUCCUCCUGCAGAGGAAACGCAUCUCUUUCAUUGGAUGCAUGACUCAGCUCUACUUCUUCAGCUCCCUGGUGUGUACAGAGUGUGUACUCCUGGCUUCCAUGGCCUAUGACCGCUAUGUGGCCAUCUGCCACCCCUUGAGGUACCAAGUCAUCAUGACCACAGGGCUGUGUGUCCAGCUCGUGGCCUUCUCUUUUGCUAGUGGCUUCACCAUCUCUGUGAUCAAGGUCUACUUUAUCUCCAGUGCCACCUUCUGUGGCUCCAAUGUCUUGAACCACUUCUUCUGUGACAUCUCCCCCAUCCUCAAGCUGGCCUGCACUGACUUCUCUACUGCAGAGCUGGUGGACUUCAUCUUGGCCUUCAUCAUCCUGGUGUUCCCACUCUUGGCCACCAUUCUCUCCUAUGGCCACAUCACCCUGGCUGUGCUGCACAUCCCUUCAGCCACAGGCCAGUGGAGAGCCUUCUCCACCUGUGCCUCUCACCUCACUGUGGUCACCAUCUUUUACACAGCCUUACUUUUCAUGUACGUGAGGCCCCAGGCCAUUGAUACCUGGAGCUCAAACAAACUCAUCUCUGUUCUGUAUACAGUUCUCACACCCAUCUUGAACCCCUUGAUCUACUGCUUGAGGAACAAAGAAUUUAAAGAUGCCUUAAGAAAGGCUUGGGGCUUGAGUCAAGCUCCACUGUAAGAGGGAGGGCACCUUCUGCUUCCAGAGCAUCUC